AUGGUUGCGGGGUGUGGUAAUAAAUGUGUCAAGUAUAUAUUUUGGGUCAUCAACUUCCUAUUUUUCGUAAGUUAUUGGAACUUAAAUUUUAGAAAAAUUAAAUGAAGAAUCGUUUUGGAACUUACGUUAACUUGGUGUUAAAUUUUGAAAAAAAAAUCACAGUAUAAUUUAAAUUCAGUAAAGAAAUAUGUAUUUCAGAUCCUUGGACUUCUCCUUGUUGGUGUUGCAGUAUGGCUGAUCUUCGACAAAUCAAUGCUAUUCUCAUUACUAUCAUCAACCAGUUUCAAUACAUCAAGUAUUGAUAUCGAUCAACUCAACUACAUGCUAUAUGUUGCAAUUGGCAUUGGAGCGCCUCUGAUCAUUCUGGGAUUUUUUGGAUGUUGUGGAAGUUGCUGCGAGAGUUUGUGUGCUAUUGGACUAUACUUUUUCCUCGUUUUGGUUUUGUUCGUCGUCGAAAUCGUUGCCAUUAUUUUGUACUUUUCACAAAAAACCUUUGUGAGUUUCACAAAAAAACCUUUUGUGAUAUCUGUAGAUUAAUGCUGAUCUCUGAUUUUUCGUCACAUGUUUUUUGGGAAUUAUUUUUUUUUGUAGCCAAAAGGAAACUAGGAGUGGCAUUGAUGUGUGAACCCGAUAAUUUGAAUGAUUGUAUUAUUUUUUGCCUAGUAACCAAUAGAUUUCAUAACAUUAUGAAAAUUUUCAGCUGCAAGAAAAGUUCACGACAAUUUGGCGAGAUGAACUGGUUUCCAAAUAUACAACUCAAACUCAAGUCAAAACAUUCCUCGAUCAAGUUCAGACAAGUGUAAGUUUCUCGAGAUAAAGCUUAAUCUGAUUUCUUUUCAUUGAUUUCAGCUUUCCUGUUGUGGAGCAUCCGGAUGCACCGAUUAUGUUCAAUAUGGAUCAUUCCCAACUUCAUGUUCUUGCGCAACAAUUCAACAAUCUGGAUGUGCUACAGUUAUUUGGAAUUUGAUCUCGAAUAAUUUGAUCUACGUUGGAUUUGUGUUUAUCAUCAUUUUGUUUGUCGAACUGUUCGCAAUGAUUUUGUCCUGCAUUAUUAUUGGAGCAGUCAGAGAAACGAGACGUGGAGAAUAA